AUGUCAAGUCCUAGUGGAAGGUUUACACCAACCAAGGUGGAAAAUCCCUUGGAAAGAGAAUAUGAAGCUUUGGUAAAGAUGAAUAAAAUGUUUGAAAAAAUUAAUGACAGCAUGGACCAAGCAAGGAUUAAUUUGCAG